AUCAUUCAGUGAUCAGCUCUUCAAGUGCGUCUUUUGUGAUCAUUACUGACAAUUUCUGUUCAAUCUUCUAUAUUUGAGAAUCAUGAAAUUAACAAUCAUUGGAUUAAUGCUCAUCGUUGCUGUGUCAUGCGAUAUAGCACACAUAGCCAAUACUGGAUAUGUUUAUAUUAAGCCAGCAGGAAAACAACUCGAAUUGCCAAAAGAUGAGAAUGUUGGAUAUUUGCCGCCAUUAAACAACCAUUACUUACCUCCAUCGAAGGAUUAUUUGCCACCAAUUACAGAAGUUGACGAAAUUAUUUGUGUUGGGGAUGAAUGCGAUUUAAAUUUUACGGCUGUUGCUAACGAAUAUGAAUAAAUGAAGGACAAUUAUUCAACUUAUUCUUCGAUAUUCUUUACCGUCUUUAUUUUUCAUUCACAUCUUGUCUUUAUUCAUUAACGUGAGA